CAGUAGUUUAAUUCUGCCCUGCCAGCCAGUUUCGCUUCACGCUGUCGUCGUCGUCGUCUUCGUCGGGUUCACCUGUGUGUAUGUAGGAUACGCUCUUCUCACACGCUCUCUCACUCACCCUUGCUCAACACUCGCUGUGCGAAGCCAUCGCCGCCGCGGUCGUCGGUCGUGUAGUAGUAUAUCACCACACAAGCCACCGCCACCGUCUUGUCCGUAAUACUUCGUGCUCGUUCCUUGGAAGUUCCUUUUUUGUGUAUUUUAAUGGAGUUUGCAAAAUGAAGCAACGUUUGCUCAGCUAAAAAUGACGUUCGCGUUUUCGGUGGCCACGUUACGUUGCGAAACUUUAUGAUAGGAUAUUACAAAGAAAAUCAUAAAGUGAAAGUGUGUGGCCAUUGCUAAGCAUUUCGUUUGCCCCGGAGAGAACACAGGAAUCGAGUCGUUGAAGGAUACACUGUGCGUGCCUAAAAAGGAUUCCUUUGAUCGGCUAGAAGCUAGUGUGUUGGAGUUUUCUAGCAGAAAAGUUAACAAAAUAUUUGCCAGCUCGGAUCGACCGGCGGGAUAAAGUGAUAGUUAUAAUUUUAAGUAGUUUUAUUUUUUACAAUUGAUUCAGUGAAAUAGUUUUGUUUGAAACAAAUCUACAAAACGGAAGCGCUGGGCGCUACUUACGUCUUAGGGGAAGCUAGUCGUGGAAUAGUUCUUGUCAUCGUGAACGCGAAACACAAAUCACCACAACUGCCGGUUACUAGCUAAUUCACCAUGGAGGACGGCCAUUGCAAGUCCGUCGAAGAAGUCGUUUCACACUUCCGAGUGGAUCCGGAAAAAGGUCUGAGUCCUGAUCAGGUUAAGGAAUAUCAGAAAAAAUACGGCCUCAAUGAGCUCCCAGCCGAAGAGGGAAAAACAAUCUGGCAAUUAGUUCUGGAACAGUUCGAUGAUCUAUUAGUUAAGAUUCUGCUGUUAGCUGCUAUUAUUUCCUUUGUCCUCGCCCUUUUUGAAGAACAUGAAGGUGUUGAAGCCUUUGUAGAACCCUUUGUUAUUCUGCUUAUCCUGAUCGCCAACGCUUGCGUCGGUGUGUGGCAGGAACGUAAUGCCGAAUCCGCCAUUGAAGCCCUGAAGGAGUACGAGCCCGAGAUGGGCAAAGUGGUCCGCGGCGACAAGUCCGGUGUGCAGAAGAUCCGCGCCAAGGAGAUCGUGCCCGGCGAUGUCGUUGAGGUGUCGGUCGGUGACAAGAUCCCCGCCGAUAUCCGUCUGAUCAAGAUCUUCUCGACCACCAUCCGUAUCGAUCAGUCCAUCCUGACCGGUGAGUCGGUUUCGAUCAUCAAGCACACCGACCCGGUGCCCGAUCCCCGUGCCGUCAACCAGGACAAGAAGAACAUUCUGUUCUCCGGUACUAACGUGUCCGCCGGUAAGGCCCGUGGUGUUGUCAUUGGAACCGGUCUGAAUACCGCCAUCGGUAAGAUCCGUACUGAAAUCUCGGAAACUGAGGAAAUCAAGACCCCACUGCAACAGAAAUUGGACGAAUUCGGUGAGCAACUGUCCAAGGUUAUCUCGCUCAUCUGUAUCGCCGUCUGGGCUAUCAAUAUUGGUCACUUCAACGAUCCCGCUCACGGAGGCUCUUGGAUCAAGGGUGCCGUGUACUACUUCAAGAUUGCCGUCGCCUUGGCUGUCGCUGCUAUCCCAGAAGGUCUGCCAGCUGUCAUCACCACUUGUUUGGCUCUGGGUACUCGUCGUAUGGCCAAGAAGAACGCUAUUGUCCGAUCUCUGCCAUCCGUUGAAACCUUGGGUUGUACCUCGGUCAUCUGUUCUGAUAAGACUGGUACACUGACCACCAAUCAAAUGUCCGUCUCUCGUAUGUUCAUCUUCGAGAAAGUUGAAGGCAAUGACAGCAGCUUCACUGAGUUUGAAAUCUCCGGAUCUACCUACGAACCAAUUGGUGAGGUUACUCUGAAGGGCCAGAGAGUCAAGGCUUCCGAUUAUGAAACUCUGCAGGAAUUGGGUACUAUCUGUAUCAUGUGUAACGACUCCGCUAUUGAUUUCAAUGAAGUCAAGAAAGUAUUUGAGAAAGUCGGUGAAGCUACUGAGACCGCUCUGAUUGUCCUGGCUGAGAAAUUGAAUCCAUUCAAUGUUGCCAAGCAAGGCCUUGACCGCCGUUCGUCCGCUAUCUGCGUUCGUCAGGAAAUUGAGACCAAGUGGAAGAAAGAAUUCACUCUGGAAUUCUCGCGUGAUCGUAAGUCUAUGUCCAGCUAUUGCGUUCCAUUGAAGGCAUCCAAGCUUGGAAAUGGCCCGAAACUGUUCUGUAAGGGUGCCCCAGAAGGUGUCCUGGAUCGUUGCACACACGCUCGUGUCAAUGGCUCCAAGGUCCCACUGACCUCAACUCUGAAGAACCGCAUCUUGGAUCUCACUCGUCAAUAUGGUACUGGACGCGAUACCCUGCGUUGCUUGGCCCUUGCCACUGCUGAUAACCCAAUGAAGCCAGAAGAUAUGGAUCUGAACGAUUCCACCAAAUUCUAUACCUAUGAAGUUAACCUAACCUUCGUUGGUGUCGUUGGUAUGCUUGACCCUCCGCGUAAGGAAGUCUUCGAUUCGAUCGUUCGUUGCCGUGCCGCUGGUAUCCGUGUUAUUGUCAUUACUGGUGACAACAAGGCUACCGCCGAAGCUAUCUGCCGUCGUAUUGGUGUGUUCAAAGAGGAUGAGGACACCACCGGCAAGUCGUACUCCGGACGUGAAUUUGAUGAUCUACCAAUCAGCGAACAACGUGAUGCUUGCUCCCGUGCCCGCCUGUUCUCACGUGUAGAGCCGGCCCACAAGUCCAAGAUCGUUGAGUACCUGCAAAGCAUGAACGAGAUCUCCGCUAUGACUGGUGAUGGUGUCAAUGACGCCCCUGCUCUGAAGAAGGCCGAAAUCGGUAUUGCCAUGGGUUCGGGUACCGCCGUAGCCAAGUCCGCCUCCGAGAUGGUGUUGGCUGACGAUAACUUCUCCUCCAUUGUUGCCGCCGUUGAGGAAGGUCGUGCCAUCUACAACAACAUGAAGCAGUUCAUCCGUUACCUGAUCUCGUCCAACAUCGGUGAGGUCGUGUCCAUCUUCUUGACUGCUGCCCUGGGUCUGCCGGAAGCUUUGAUCCCCGUCCAGCUGCUGUGGGUCAACUUGGUUACUGAUGGUCUCCCAGCUACUGCCCUUGGCUUCAACCCACCGGAUCUGGAUAUCAUGGAGAAACCACCACGCAAGUCUGAUGAAGGUCUUAUCUCUGGAUGGCUGUUCUUCCGUUACAUGGCUAUCGGUGGUUAUGUUGGUGCCGCUACCGUCGGAGGUGCCGCCUGGUGGUUCAUGUACUGCGAAAACGGUCCACAGCUGACCUACUGGCAGUUGACUCACCAUCUGGCCUGCAUUGGCGGUGGUGAUGAAUUCAAGGGAAUCGACUGCAAAGUCUUCAACGACCCACAUCCGAUGACAAUGGCUCUGUCCGUGCUGGUCACCAUUGAGAUGUUGAACGCCAUGAACAGCUUGUCUGAAAAUCAAUCUCUGGUCACCAUGCCGCCAUGGAGCAACUUGUGGCUCAUCGCCUCCAUGUGCCUGUCGUUCGCACUGCACUUCGUCAUCCUCUACGUCGAAGUUCUGUCGACCGUGUUCCAGGUGACUCCACUGGAUGGCGACGAAUGGCUCACUGUGAUGAAAUUCUCGCUACCAGUUGUACUGCUCGACGAAAUCCUGAAAUUCGUCGCCAGAAGGAUCUGUGACGGUGAGAGCUAUAUCAAAACUAUGCAUUGGCUAGUGUUAGCGUGGGCAGUGUUCUUUGCUUACAUUCUUUGGGGUCCAUACUAAAAAAAAAACAAAUACAUUCAUACGUUAAACACAACCCGAAGGAAGCUAAAAGUUACGGCAACAAAAGCUAGAGACAAAAAAACAACAGUUAGGCGAUUUAAUGAAGGUUAAGUUAAUGUUAAAUUUUUCUCGGGAAGGAGCAUAGGUUAUGUGGAGCGGAAACUCGGAAAAGCAAAUCUACACCUGCAGACGAUUGGGUCAGCUGUGGUUUUUCCGGCUGUUCUGCCGGGCAGCCAUGUGUGCGAUUGGUUUGAAAAGUUGGCUACCACGCCAGCAAACGCCGGAAAAAGCACAGCUGACGACGACUGCAGUCCGCGGACACUGGCGUGUUCUAAGUAAUUCGCAUGCAUGUGGUCGAGUUUGAGCGAAUGAUUUUAGCGAAACUGAACUUAGAAGCUGAUAGUAAUUGUUAAGUGAUUUGUGAUUGCAAAUGAUUGUUGAGCGAUUAUUACUGUUUAGUUACUGUUCUUACUCUUAGGAUUCCUGAUAUUUAGCUGCUUAGUUGCCACUUUAAAUGUCUAUUCCUUCCCUGUAAGAUACGCGUAUAACUAGGCACGAAAGCGUUUCGUUCAAUUUUAAAUCUCAAACCAAGGAUGGACCCCAUCGCGCAUCUUUUUUUACUAUUAACCUCUACUUCCCUACAUUACAAAAGAUCAACAUGUUAACUGCAAAUCAUUAUAAAACGUUGCUAUACAAUCGUAUAUAUUUAUAUACAUUUCAUCUAAAAACAAACAAGAAUUGUAAAUUGAAAUGCAAUAUUAAUAAUAAUAUAUUAUACACCAACACAAGUGUUAAACAACAGAAAAAAAGGUAAACAGCAGCAACUUUCUUGGAGAGCUGUAAACUCUAACAAACUUUCAUAACCCAUUACGCUGUUCCACACCAUGAACGAAAAAUGCAUCCGCACAGUUACACUAUUAACCCUUACUGCAAAACUAAGAAGAAAACAAAACUAAAUCCCUAAUGCUAUGAUAUGACACUGGCAGUAAAAGAUUCGUUUCGUGUAAUCUAAACUAUAGUUAAGUGAAAUGUGUUUGAGUGGCUUUUCAAGCGUAAAUUAUCGUAGAAUCGUAUCCCAAAAGCUUUUGAGUUAAUGCGCCCCCCUUUGUAUGAGUGAAUUAUUAGCCUGGUGACGAGAGUAACUUAUUUAAUUUAAUAACAAUCCCGCCAAUACAUCGAUACUGCGGCAAAACACACUAACCGACUACUUUCGUUGCUGUGAGUUUAGCCGAUUAUUUCUCUAACCCUUUACUUGUACCAAUUUGGCUCAUCUCGCCAAAUGAAGAUGAAGACAAACCAACAAUAACACACACGUGUAAGCAAACACGCUAAUAAACGAACAAUGAUUUCCCGCGUAACACCGAUGGUUCUGCUUUUUAUUUACCUAGCUAAUUGUUUUGUGCGUAGUAUCUUUAGAUUGCUCUCCUAAUCUGUGUGUGAAUCACCUUGAUGAAACCUAAAAAACGAGUAUCUUCCAGAAAACAGUAAUUAUUACUUUGACAAGUAGGAUUUAAAUUUGCACAGUAAGAGGUCUGAAAGCGGAGGAAAAAAACCAAUACAAAAAUAAAGAAAAAAAAUGACUAAACCCUACUUUUUACCUAUCCCAACGUUUGUCCUAUCUCAGAGUUCCGUAUAUAGUGCUUGUUCGAGGGUGACGUGAGUUGACUUGUUUAGAGUCGGUCCGUGUCACUUAAAGCAAAGACCAGCGCACUCAUACGGACGAACACCCCGAGGAGAACUGUAGUUUUUGUAACCGAUAUCAAAGACUUAAACAAAUUUUACUCUGCCGUUUUAUUAUUGAUGUGACAAGAAACUCUCACAACAAGUCAGUCUGUUCGUAGCAUCAUAACUCACACGUUUUUUCUCACAAUACUUUCUAAUCAUUACACUUAAUGAAAAAUGAAUAGGAAAAAAAAUCUAGAAAAAUCAUUUCUUUGCACAACUCUUUAAAACAAAGCAAAAUCUAUACGUAAAAGUUAUCCUUUCGGGCAUCCUUCUCUCCUGGGUCGGAAAUAUAAACUAGAUGUUAACCGGAGUAAACGCUAAAGUUUAUAAUUUUUCAAAUUUUUGGUUGCUUCAAUGUACCGUAGCAUGGCCAGAUUUUUUGCUUGCUCUGGGUUGAACCAGGCGCUCGUUUCGUACCGCUUUCAGAACAAACAAAAUGGUACUUAUUUUUGAUUAAUUUUUUUCGAAUGAGUAAAGCUUGCAUGUGCCUAGACAAAAAAAAUACUUGACUUUCGUAGCAACACAACCAACAGCAAAACUGGGAGCAAAAUUCGAUCCAUCCAGUGGGCAGAUAUUGGUUACGCGCGCGCAAAACUUAACCAGCCAUUAACAUUUGCGGGUUGAUGAGGCUGUUGAAGGCCGUUUGUUUGUUAGCAUUUUAUUUUUGAAAUGUUAUUUUUCAAACAGCGCUGCUGCGUGCUUUAUCCUCCGGCAGUGAAAUCCCGAAAAAACGUUUUUGAUGUUGCUCGUAUCGGAAUAUGUUGCUUCAAGUGUUUGAAAAUAAAAUAAUAAAAAAAAUGGCAAUGGCACGAAUUGUCGGCUGAAGGGAAACCGUAAUUAGCGUAAUUAUAGAUAAAUAGUAAUAUUUAUGAAAUUGUUUUACAUAAUUUCUUUCCUAUUGCGAUUCGAUGAAUUCUUUUUAGGGCAAAAUUUAUCUCAGCUUAUCGUAAAGAAAUAAAUGCUGAAUCGGUUGACGACACAACUACAUACAUAAUACAUACAACAGUUAGAGAAAUGAUGUAAGACAGAAAUCAUUAGAACUAAUUCCACAUACGUGAACCGAUUUACAGUAGAGACUCCGGUAAAUAGUGGAGUCUAAAAGGUUUAGCUGAACGAGUAGACGAUACAAACCAAUAAAAUAAUUGUUAUCAAUAACCCCUGCAAUUGUUGAUAAAUGGAAUCGAGCUAGAAAUAACAAACCGAACAACCUUUCGCGCUGAACGCAAUUGUUCAGACAUAAAAAUAUUAAUGAAAAAAGAGAUAUGACUGUGUGAGGUUUGUUAAACAAUAGUUUUUUACUUCAACUAUUAAAUUAAAAAAAAAAGAAGCAGGAAAAUCAGCAGCAAACGAGUAUGAUUAACAUUAUUGUAAUGAAAAUCAAAAGACUACACUGAAGUCUUACCGAAAAGGGUGAACAUGAAAAUAAUAUAUGAAAUGCAUUUUAAAUAUAUUUAAAACAUUAACAAAACCAUCAGUGAGAGUGU